CGCAUAGCUAUCGUAAAGUCUCGUCGCGGUGGGAAGUCUUACCGUUCACUAAAUGUUAACGUCACAGAGGCCAACGGAGAACUACGGAACUACCUAAAUACUUUCUCAUUCGGAUAUAAUUUUGUAAUAAAAAUAAAGUCCGAGUAUCUUUUCGUGUGAUUUCAUCAUUAUCGCGUUGAGAGUGGCAAUCAGGAUUUUUAUAUGCAAGUGACAAGUGUUUUUUGCGCGAAAAGAGCGAAAAUCUCUCGAGUCGCUUUUUUUCUCUGUUUCGACCCUAAAACGAAUUUGGUUAUUAAUGUCAUUAACUUUGACGCUACAUUCCAAUCCCGUUAAAUUAUUUUUCAGUGUUUCUGAUCAAUGAAACGGCUUGUUCAAUCGCACAUAGAUUGCUAAAGGUGCUUAUGUGAUUUUCAUGAAUUUAACGUUUAAAAAACUGAUUUUUUUAUCGGUACACGUAUUUUUUUGUCUUCGAUAUUGGAACGAUUGAGAUCACAGAACCGUGUAAACGACAUGGGUUGACAUAGUUUUGAAUGUCUUUAUAUUUUCGAUUUAUUACGCAACACUAAGUGAUAUAAAAUAAUGUGAAUGUCUCGACGUUUCACUAAUGAAUACCGUUCAGGGAAAUGUGAUCACAACGUUAAUUAACGUAUCUUGCUCUGAAAUAAUUGAAUUUCUAAAAAUGUAUUAACAAAAGUAUGCAAACGAAAUAUGGAAAGCGGUACUUUAUGUAUCAGCUCGAUAUUGUUUUUAUCGUCAUAGAUAAGUAUAUCGUUGAUGAGAUAAACCGGUCGAUUAAUAACAACCUCAAGGAAGAAUAAUUUUUUCUAAAUUGUAUUCAGGAUGUUCUUUCUGAUCCUCUUGGACGCGGAUUGUUCCGGUCGAACACUGGCUACUCUCUUGAUCGCAUGGGUGACGAUAGCAAUGGUAGCUUCGAUAUUAUUAGAAUGGGAAUACAUGUGGAUUGUUUUGAUGGUACUGACGCUGCUCUUCUUAUUUAUCUGUGGUUAUACCGCUUACAACGUGAAGAAGACUAAUGCGAGAAUGUUAAUCGAGCAGCAAAGAAGAGCAGCGAUUCGGACUGUCUCGAGUAUCACGGCCGCUAAUCGCAGAGAGAUGGAAUUGUAUCGGACUCACCUGCAUGUAGAUUUACCACCGUCCUACACGUCCGUGGUGACUACGCAAACAACGACAUCGACAUCUCCUCGAGUAUCCGACGAAGACAAAUACGAAAAUCCUCCGCCGUAUUCGAUUGUAAUCGCUUCUUUAAAUAAUACGCAAGAACAAAACGCAGAAAUUUCAAGCGAAUCGGAUGUGUCGUCUUCCAAAUUUAGAAAGAGUAGUGCUGCUGAUGCCGCUGCUGCCACUUCCGCUUCCACAUCUCUCGCGUGCCCACAGGAAAGAUAAGAUUAUAUAUUCCUACAAAAGAAAUGAAUUAGAAUAGGAAAAUGACAAGUUGUCUGUAAUAAACAUGUGAUAUUACAUCUUCUUUAAAAGA